UUUUAGCUUUCAAAAUGACAAAACGCUGAAGACUAAAGAAAGACUGAAGAAGAGCGAAGCAAAAUCAUUAAAUCAGUAACCUAAUUCCUCUUUGAAACCCAGCUGAGGAGCUGAGGAGCAGGGGACGUCGACGUCUGACCAUUGAUCGCGAAAAAGAACUCUCAACUGAUCUGCUGCCAUCGAGCCCAAUCGCUGCCAUCGAUUCAUUGUUCGUUGAUUCAUUCGCAGCCCAGUCACCUCAGGUACCAGAUAUAAUUGACAUAUGCAUAUGUUAGGGAUGCUUGACCUUCGCGUGAUUGCUGAAGGCAGUAAAAACGAGCAAGAAAUGUCUGUUUGUGGUGUAGGAAAGGUAGUCCCCCAUGUAAGUGAAUGCUGAGCCUGCUUCGUCUUUGAUUGCAUUUGCCAUCUCCCUCAUAUAUAGGCAGUCCCCUCUUUUUCUGCUUUGUAUUGCUCGGACGAUUGAACAUCCAAUUGUACUGUCGUUUUGAUUUUAACAUCCAAUUGUUCCAUUUACUGAUUUUCCCAGUAUGCUGCUCCAUUCUUGGGCAUGUAUGCAUGUCCUUUCACUCAGACAUUGAAAGCUGAGGAUGGUCGAGUUAAGUGAGUUGUCUUCAAGUAUAUCGGAGUUGGAUUGUAUAUAUUUGCGAAUACAGUUAGGCUUCCUUUUAAGUGUGAUUCUGCAUGAACUUGUUUUCCAGAUGCAUCAUUGAUCUAGCUCAUAAAGGUUUUUUUUUUGGGUUGACCCGGGUCAACCCAUCUGACCCGUGACCCGAUCACUUGACCGGGUCGAUGACCGGGUCGGGUUUCAAAACUAUGGGUUUAACCCAAUCAUAUACAAAACUCAACCACAAAAGUUAAUUUUUCUAGUUUUUUGGUGGAUCCCACAUACAAAACUCAACCUCAACUACAAAAACCAAGCACACACGAUUUCAUUAAUCAGUCAUCAUACAAGAACCAAGAAGAUUGAAUAAACAAUUGAAGCUGAAGGAAAUUAGUCCAAGAAUAUUCAAGCGCUGCUAGAGAGUAGCUAGCUAGGUGAGAAUUUCCAGUUGGGGAGGUGGGAGGUGGGCUAAAAUGAACGAGGAGGCAGGACUUCAAAAACCGCACUUUGUUCUAGUCCAUGGAGCAUGCCAUGGAGCCUGGUGCUGGUACAAGAUCAGGUGUCUCAUGGAAACAUCUGGCUAUAAGGUCACAUGCCUAGACCUUAAAAGUGCUGGUAUUGAUCAGUCCAAUCCCAACACGAUCCUCACUUUGGAUGAGUACAAUGCACCCCUUAUCGACUUCUUGUCGAAUUUGCCACACGAUGAAAAGGUUAUAUUGGUAGGACAUAGUGCAGGAGGUUUGAGCUUGACAGACGCUAUACACAGAUUUCCUAAGAGAAUUCAUCUGGCUAUUUAUGUUGCUGCCAACAUGUUGAAGCAUGGCUUCUCUUCAGAUCAAGAUUUCAAAGAUUUGAUAGGCUAUAAUUGUCUUUCCCGGCUGAAGCUUGUAUCAGCAAAUCCUCCAUGUCUUCCAAUUCUGAUGACUGCAAUUGGUGACCCUGAUGUAUCUGAGUACGGAGAGAUAGCUGAUUUAGAAUACGGGAUGGGUCUAGAUGAGCCUCCAACAAGUGUCAUAAUAAAGGAGGAGUUCCGGAAACGAAUUCUCUAUCAAAUGAGCCCUAAAGAGGACUCCAUAUUAGCAUCAAUGCUACUGCGAGCAGGGCCUGUCAGGGCAUUCAAAGGUGCUCGAUUUGAGGGAGGAAAGGAUGCUGAUUCUGUUCCACGAGUAUAUAUUAAGACAUUGCACGAUCACAUUCUAAGACCAGUGCAGCAAGAGGCAAUGAUAAAGAGAUGGCAACCUUGUCAAGUUUUUGAAUUGGAGAGUGAUCACAGCCCUUUUUUCUCUGCCCCAUCUUUGCUUUUCGAAGUAAUAGUCAAAGCAGCAGCCACCAUCACUUGUAACUGAUAUUUUAUUUCUUACUUCAUUGAAACUUUUAUAAAUCUGGACUAUUUAUAGAGCUCGAAAAGAGUUUUAAUUGGUUA